UGCAAUGAACCCAGCUGAUACGCUAUCGAUAGCGAUAUCAACAGAAGCCAGAAUUCCAACCCAAUUGCAUUUAAUUUAAACAUGAAGGAAAAUAAGAAAAAGUCACGCAAGACGGCCAAUAAGUCCAAGGAAUCGUCAGAUGCCCAGAAAAAGAAGGUCAUUGAACUGCUGCACGAGUACAACGACCUGAAGGAUGCCACACAGCGCGUCCUCGAAGCCUUGUCGAACCUAAAAUGCGUACCCGUCGGAUCGGUUUAUGCUACCUACAACCUUCCUCACAACGAAUAAAAUGAGGCCUUUUUAUAAUGUUAUCUUUAUGUACUUGUUGUGAACAACUUGUAAUACAACUGAGUGCAUAUAAAUGCCAUAUUGCUGGGCAGUUCCGUGAGGCUUCUGCUAAUAAAUCCACCUAAAACUA